AUGAACCGCGCGCGGGGGGCUCUGUGCCGGGCCUGCUUCGCGCUGGCCGCGGCCCUGGCCGCGCUGCUGCUGCUGCCGCUGCCCCGCACGCCUGCGCCGGUCUGGACCCCAGCUCUGGCCCCGCGGGCGACUCCGGCCCACCUCGCCGCCCUCCCCCGCCUGCGGCCGGACGACGUCUUCAUCGCGGUCAAGACCACUCGGAAGAACCACGUGCCACGCCUGCGGCUCCUGGUGCGCACCUGGAUCUCCCGGGCACGCCAGCAGGUGCGCAGGCCCCGGCUGGGCAACCCGCCCCCAGGCCGCGGACCCAGGGGACUCUGGGCGCAGGGCUCUGGCUGCUCCCCAGCGUCGCCCUGGGCAGCCCCUGAUGCCUCUCUGGCCGAUUCUCCGCAGACAUUCAUCUUCACCGACGGGGAUGACCCAGAGCUGGAGUUCCAGGGAGGCGGCCGUGUCAUCAACACCAACUGCUCAGCUGUGCGCACCCGCCAGGCACUUUGCUGCAAGAUGUCUGUGGAGUACGAUAAGUUUAUUGAGUCUGGACGCAAGUGGUUUUGCCAUGUGGAUGACGACAACUAUGUGAACACUGAAAGUCUCCUGCACCUGCUCUCUACCUUCUCACCCAGCCAAGACAUCUAUCUGGGGCGCCCUAGCUUGGACCACCCCAUUGAGGCCACCGAGAGGGUCCACGGAGGCAGAACUGCCACCACGGUCAAGUUCUGGUUUGCCACUGGUGGGGCCGGGUUCUGUCUCAGCAGAGGUCUUGCCCUCAAGAUGAGUCCUUGGGCCAGCCUGGGCAGCUUCAUGAGCACAGCUGAGCGGGUUCGGCUACCUGAUGACUGCACGGUAGGCUACAUUGUGGAGGGGCUGCUGGGGGCCCACCUGCUGCACAGCCCCCUCUUCCACUCCCACCUGGAGAACCUGCAGGGGCUGCCACGGGACACCGUGCUCCAGCAGGUCACCUUGAGCUACGGAGGUCCUGAGAACCCACAUAAUGUGGUGAACGUGGUUGGAGUCUUCAGCCUGCAGCAGGACCCCACACGGUUCAAGUCUGUCCAUUGCCUCCUCUACCCAGACACAGACUGGUGUCCCAGGCAGGUGUCCCUGCCUCUCAGUGACCAGUGAUAUCUGACCUUGGACUGGCUCUAGCACCACCCCCAUCUGGCCUCCAUGGGCUCCCUGAGUGGCCUCCUCCAUGGCACCUCCAGCUCCGGGCACUCUGAGGCUUGGGAGCCUCCCCAGAAGACAGGGUGUGGCCAUACUGCACAGGGGUUAGGGGCUGCACUCCCAGGACUCCCUACUGUCCCUUCCCCCAAUGCAGCUAGGGAGCCGGGGUGGCUGAACAGGCUCAGUGCUAAGGAAUAGGCCCCACACCAAGGCCCUGCCUGUAAUUUUUCAGGCACAACCAUGGGCAGUCGCAAGGACUCUGCCUGGCAAGCCUCUUGGGGGACACUGUUGUCCCCAUUGCAGGAUGGGGCAGGGCCAGGCAUCACAGUCAAGGCUCAGGCUUGUGGGGCCAAGCUCUUCCGGGUGGGGCAUAGAAGGCACUUUUCUCUGGUUUGACACUGUUCAGGGCCUUCCACUCUGGGUCUUCCACUCCCCUCCCAUAAAACAGUGGGAGCCUUAGGUUUGGGGAUCCCUCACAGAGAAUACCCCCAACCCACACGUCUGAGCAGACCCACCGGCCCUUGACUGGUGCCUUUCAUGGGGGAUAUAUGGGAGAGAGCUACAGUCUCCUCGGCCUCCUGCCGUGCUGCUGCAGUGAGUAAAGUGUUCCUUGGCACUUGCUGGCUCCCGACUCCUCGGUCCAGGGUCCUCUCUUCUCAGGCAGGCUCUACCCUGAGGCUGUUUCCACACCAGCCAGGUCCUUGUGUUCCAUGUAGCCUUGCCCACCGACCCUCCAACCACCAAACUCUCUGUGAACCAGAACAUAUAGCCAGGAGUGUGGGGCAACCAGCAAGGACUUCAGGAACUUGGCAGGCAGUAUCCUGAGAUGCUGUCAUCCUGAGUGCAGUGUGGACCGGCUAGCGUGUGUGUGUGUGCCUGAGUGUUAUGAGUGUGUGCACGACUGCUGUAUACAUGUGUGCAUGGACAUGUGCAUGUGCUUGGUCCUUAGCAUGUAUAGGGUGGGGGGUAUUUGCACAGGUACACACAGGUAGUGUGUGGGUGUGCAAACGUGGAGAUAGAGGGUCAAAGAGGCAAUGGCCACAUAACCGGGUUGGGGUCCACAGGGCUGGUUUCUGUCUGAUUCCUUGGUGCAUGACCAGGAAUAAAAUGCACCCCAAAGUAACCUGGGUCCUGGCACUACUGGGUCUUCAGGGACUGGGUUUGCCAGUGGUGAUGGCUCCACAUGCUUCAGGCUAUGGCCUAGGAAAGGUAGGCUGGGGCUCACAGCAGUGGCGUCACAGCCCUUGUCAGAAAGAAGGAAACCUUCAUGUUGACAACAGAGAUGAAAGAGCAACAGAUUGAAAGUGGCUGCAGAUUUGUCUUGGCAGUAGUCAGUCCUUUCGAGCAGAUGCUGUUGGUCCUUUGAGUAUGGGCAUGGACUUUGCUGGGCUCUUGGUUCAUGCAGGUGUGGGGUUUGGGGUUUUGAGUCCUCACACUCUGAUGAGCAUCCCCUAAGGAUCCCUCCCAGCCUGUGCUGAGCUCACACCCUUGCUGGGGCCCCAUCCACAGGGAAUGUGACAACACAGUCACACCAACGGAACAGGUGUCAGGUUAAGUUCCUAAGUUGCCCAAAGCAUGUGAGGGGUUUUGCAGGUCUGCUUUAUGAUCAGACGCUUUCCAGUGUAGUUCAGCUCAGCACAGUGGCUCACACCUGUGAUCCCAGUACUUUGGGAGACUUGCUUGAGUGUUUAAGACCAGCCUGGGCAAUAUAGCAAGACCUUGUCUCUACAAGAAAUUUUUUUUUAAUAAUAUAUUUGAUACAUUAUUAUUUUAUUUUAUUUUUGUUGUUAAUUGCAGUUUUUGGCCAGAGCUGGGUUUGAACCUGCCACCUCCAGUAUAUGGGGCCAGUGCCCCACUCCUUGAGCCACAGGUGCUGCCUCACUACAAGAAAUUUAAAAAAAAACUAGCUGGGCAUGGUGGUGAGAACCUGUAGUCCCAGCUAGUUAGGAGGCUAAGGCAAGAGAAUCCCUUGAGCCCGGGAGUCUAAGGUUGUGAUCUGUGACAUCACAGCACUCUACCAAGGGCAACAGAGUGAGAUCCUAUUUCAAAAAAAAAAGAGAAAAGUGGGUGGCGCCUGUGGCUCCA